UUUUCUAAUGUCAUUUUUCGUAAUUUGUUGGGAGACGAAAGGCCAUUUUCUUAGGAUUUUGAAGGCUACAGAUCAAGGAUUCGACCGGAGGCUAUUUUUUCACGAUGCUUAAGUCCAUUAAGCAAUGAUUUGGGUGGAUUUAUUCCGGGUCAAUUUUUGGCAGAUUCCAAAGGGGUACCAUCACAAAUUUAGGACCAUUUUUCUGAAAUGCCAUUUUCUUCCGAUUAUGGAGGCAACAGAUCACGGAAUCAUGUCGAGGUUAUUCUCCACCGAUAAUGAAGUCUAUUGAUCAUAUUCUCAACGGAUGAUAAGUCCAUUAAGCACCGAUUUUGGCCAAUUUACUUUCGCAUGACAUUUUCGUAAUUUUUUGGGCGACGAAAGGUCAUUUAUAAGGAUUUUGAAGGCUACAUAUCACGAAUUCGACCUGAGGCUAUUCUUCAACGAUGAUUAAGUCCAUUAAGCAUCGAUUUGGGCGGAUUUAUUUCGGGUCAAUUUUUUUUUAUAGAUUCCAAAAGGGUACUAUCACAGAUUUGGGGCGAUUUUUCCAAAAUGUCAUUUUCUUUUGAUCUGGAGGCUAUAGAUCAAGGAAUCAAACCGAGGUUAUUCUCCACUGAUAAUGAAGUCUAUCGAUCCUUUUCUCCACGGAUGAUAAGUCCAUUAACCACCGAUUUGGGCCAAUUUAUUUUCGGAUGACAUUUUCGUAAAUUUAUGGGCGACGAAAGGCCAUUUUCUUAGGAUUUUGAAGGUUAUAGAUCACGGAUUCCACCUGAGGCUAUUCUUCAACGAUGAUAAAGUCCAUUAAGCACCGAUUUGGACGGAUUUAUAUCGGGUCAAUUUUUGACAGAUUCCAAAGGGGUACCAUCACAGAUUUGGGGCGAUUUUUCCAAAGAUUCAUUUUCUUUCGAUUCUGGAAGCUACAGAUCACGGAUACAGGCCGAGGCUAUUCUCCACCGAUAAUGAAGUUUAUUGAUCAUAUUCUCCACGAAUGAUAAGUCCAUUAAGCACUGAUUUGGGCCAAUGUAUUUUCGGAUGACAUUUUCGUAAUUUUUUGGGCCACGAAAGACCAUUUUCUUAGGAUUUUGAAGGCUACAUAUAACAGAUUCGAUCUGAGGCUAUUCUUCAACGAUGAUUAAGUCCAUUAAGCUCCGAUUUAUGCGGAGUUAUUCCGAAUCAAUUUUUUACAGAUUUCAAAGGGUUACGUAUCAUUGAAUUGUUGUGCUCACAGUCAUAAAGAUUGUGAAUCAUCGUAUCAAAUAUUGAACACUUUCUAACAAUGAAUGAAUGCGGUGAGAAUUUUUUAAUAACAAUAUAUUAAUGCAUCCAUUCAUUGGCCACAUUCGAUUAUGAAUCCAUUAUUAUUGAGAAAACGGCACGAUUCCCUGUCUGGCUGUCACUCGCCCCCUUAGACGUGGGAACAUAUUCACAUUUUUCUGCACAAAGAAAAAUGCAUACAGCCAGCAGCACCCACCCAACAACAAAACAGCUAAUGAUACACUCACUGACAAAGGUAAAGUUGAGAGCAGCCAACUUCCUUGUCUCUUCUCUCUUCUAAUUUCUCCUCCAAAGUCACUUCCUUUUCUCAUUUUCCUAAUCUCCUGCUUCCAUUUCUCAAUCCUGCAGAGCUCUGCUUCACAAACAAAGCUCGACCCUUUACAUUUUUUCACAGGAAUCCUCUAGAUCAACAAAUACCCAGUUGAGAUCCCUGAGAUGGGCAAAGGAGGCGGGUGUUUCCCCAGCAAGACAAGGCCUCCCAUUGGAGUACCACCUGACAACAACACCCAAGCUUCUCCAGCUCCAUUGAUUCCAGAAGAAGCAGCAGAAGAAGAACAAAGUCCUCAAAUCUUUACUGUUGCUCAAAAAACCAGCGACAGCAACCAUGAUGGAGAACUAGUUAGCAAGAAGAGACGGCUCAAGAUUUACAUAAUCUUCUACUCAAUGUACGGGCAUGUUGAGAUACUGGCGAGAAAAGUGAAGCAAGGAGUGGAUUCAAUUGAAGGGGUUGAAGGAGUGUUGUAUAGGGUUCCAGAGACUCUGGCGAAUGAGACUUUGGACCAAAUGAGAGCUCCCCACAAGGGUAACGAUGAGGUUCCGUCGAUGUGCGUGGAAGAGAUGGUGAAUGCUGAUGGGUUCUUGUUUGGGUUCCCCACCAGGUUUGGUUCCAUGGCUGCUCAGAUGAAUGCCUUCUUUGACAGUACUCAUGAGCUGUGGGUGGAGCAAAAGCUGGCUGGGAAACCUGCUGGCUUCUUUGUUAGUACUGGUACUCAAGGGGGAGGCCAAGAGACCACUGCAUUGACAGCAAUACCUCAUCUAGUCCACCAUGGGAUGAUCUAUGUUCCAGUUGGAUACACAUUUGGAGCUGGAAUGUUCAGAAUGGAUGGCAUCAGAGGAGGUUCUCCAUAUGGCGCAGGGGUAUACUCUGGAGAUGGAAGCAGAGAGCCGAGUGAAACUGAACUGGGUCUUGCUGAACAUCAGGGAAGAUACAUGGCCACUCUGGUCAAAAGAUUUGGCCCUUCACCAUGAUUGAUGGCUGUGGGAACUCCAGCAAAUAUGCUUAUGAUUGAUUCUUUUUGUAGAUAGGAUUGGAUAUCAAAGUUUCUACUUUUUGAACAUUUGUGAUCUUCAUUUGUGUGUAUAUGGUUGCUGAGUGAUUGUAUGUUACUGUUUCUUUCAAUGAGAUCUAUUCAUUUGUAGCUUCAGCUAACAAGAGGGUUGCACAUGUGGAUGAAAUCCCAAAAUACAUAUGUUUUUUAAAAAAAUUCUCAAAAUACAUAUGUUUGAGCAUCACCGCUAUUGUCAACCGCAGUGAAUGCAUUCACCGCGGCAGACCAAAGCAGUGAAUGCAUCACCGCGGUGGACGGCCGCGGUGAAUGCAUAACGUAACAAUGAAACUUCAAACAAACGUAACUUUGGGCUCGGUUAUCCGAUUGUAGCGAAUCUUUUUUUAUUCCAUAUAACUUUUCAAGAUCUUUCAAUCUACAACAAGACUUAAUCUAAAAAAAUGUCGUUUGUUACCCCGAACGAGCAAUUUUUCGAUUUUGCCAAACUUUGGAAGGCCAUAAUUUUUAGCUCCUCAAUCCGAACGUCGUAAAAAAAAAUUUAUUGCGUAUAACUUUUUAAGAACUACAACUAGAGCUAAAAGUACCCAUUUUUAUCUCUAGUUGGAGCUUGUUCCAGUACGGUGUGGUGGAGACGUGGAGUGUUUAACCCAUCUCACAAUUAGGAAUGGCAAGAUGUAAUUCGGGGCGGGUAUCUUGAUAUCCAUACUCGUUCGUGGUAGGUUGGGUAACGUAUCACGAAAUGCGGAUCGGGUAAGGUCUAUCCAUAUGUGUGUGUAAUUUAAAAGAAAAACAUUAGAAAUAUUAUUUUUUUCAUUAAAAAACCAAAAAAUGAACUAUAAUAUGAAAAAUGCAGAUCCGAAAAAAUAGGAGAGGUCGUAAUUGUCAUCCACCCUAUUCACAACGUUUUUAGUAAGGCUUCAAUCCAUUAGUGAUUACCACUAUAAUUGAGAUCGAUCUUCAAUGAGAUCGUUGGAGGUUGUUAGAGAGUCCGAUGGAGAGUAAUUUUUUCUUAUUUGAUGUUGUUAUUUGAGAUAGAAAGCAUUUUAAGAAUUUUUUUUUUUCUUCUUCUUCUGUGUUUGUUUUAAAAUUUAUGGAUUUUUUAAUUCAAAAAAAAAAUUAUGGAUUUUGAUUCUUUUGAAUGACAAAAAUAAAUUAAGGACUAUAAAAUAAUUUUAAGAAAAUUUAUAACCAGGAACAAAGAAUGUCAGACCGACGACCGUCUUACUUACUAGUUACUACUUACCAUUCAAAUUUUACUUCCACAGAAGCUCGCACUCUUCAGUCUUCAGUCUUCAGUCUUCACACUUCUCAGUAUCUCACGCAGCCACGCAGCCAGCCCUAGAAGAAACAGCGCCGGAAGGAAUUGAAGAAGAGAAAGGAAGCAUGUCCACCGAAGAGGAGAGCGCAGUGAAGGAGCCAUUGGAUCUCAUCAGACUUAGUCUCGACGAGCGCAUCUACGUCAAGCUCCGGUCCGACCGGGAACUCCGCGGCAAGCUUCACGUAUGUGCUCUCCUCUUUACUUUCUCAUGAUGUUGCUUGCGUAACCCCCACACUCUCCGGCGAGAGCCGCAUUCGAUCCGCGCUCACACUUUUGAGUUUCUUCUCUCCCUGGCUGUGCUCUGAUUUCCUAUCG